AUAGUGUACAAGUACAGACACACAGACAUGUGGCAGCGCUCAGCGCGUAGUGAUACAGACAGUGUCGCCCGGGCGGGACUGGUGGGGUUACAGAACCCCGAGGGUGCAGAGCCGCGCCAUCAUGUCGCGCUGGUAGACGAGCGUGUCGACGAGCAGCGCGUCCUCGAACGCCUUCUCGCACGCGUGGGCGCCGGCACGCUCGCGCUCCGAGCUCUCGAUUUUGCCGCGCAGCGCAUGCGCGAAGCCAGCCGAGAAAAUCUGUCCGUGGCGGCGCGUGCGUUUGUCGGGCUUGGCGUUGGCGUCGGCACGGGGGUCGGGAGAAGCACGGCAGUCGUACGGCUCCGGUCGCUCGGGGGACUCGGUGUCGAGCGUGACUGCGAGCGCGAGGGGCGCGGCGGAAACGGGGAUGCGCUUGGCCUGGGGUGCGGGGGCGGGCUGCGUCGCCGCCUCACGGAAUAUCUGCUCGAGGUGGCGCGGCGCCCACUCGUACCCGACCGGCGGGGGGGAGGUUUCGGUAACAAAGUCCGGGAUGUCCAGAUAAGGCCGUUUGCGCCGGAGGUUGGGGAGCGAGGGGAGAUGGCGGAUGUUGAGGAACGACGGGGGGGUGAGGAUGUUGGUCGAGGCCGGAGAGCUCGGCGACGUGGGCGAGCGGCGGCCGAGCCUCCGAGGGGGGGUUGUGCGCUGCUCGGGGGUCUUAGGAGACGGGGCGGACACGGGGGGCGGGUGGAAGAACGUCGAGACUCGCAGGGUGGGUGUAGGUGUGACGACUGUGGCACGCUUGGGCGGCUUGGUGGUCUUGGCCGCCUUGGGGGGCGGGGCAAUUGUGGCGGUUUGGAUAUUCGCCAACUGGGGCGCGUCGACCGACCGGGACCUGAACAUGCGGGGCAGUCCCAGAGGACGCUUGCGCUCAGCCCGAGGCUGGGAGGGGGGACAAAUGACAUCCCAGUUCACAAGGGGGGUUGGGCGAGCUCCCGUCCACACACCCGUGUUGGGGGUGAUGGAGGCGGCGAAGGGGUGACCGGGUGGGAGACUGUGGGACAU